AUGGCACUUUCAUCAGAAGAAGUUCUACUGAUGGUAAAGAAGGUGCAGCAGAAGAAGCAGGAUGGAUCUCUGUACCUCAUGGCACAAAGGAUAGCUUGGGCACCUGAAGGCAAAGACAGCUUUACAACCAGCCAUAGGUACUCAGACAUUCAAUGCCAGAAAAUCAGUCCUGAAGGAAAAGAAGGAAAUACUAAAAUGCAGCUUCAGCUGGUCCUCAAUGCAGGAGACACAAUCAGCUUCCAUUUUGCCAAUGGAAGCAGAGCUAUGAAGGACUUGGAUGCUGUGACAGACCUUCUUCAGCAGGUGCUGCCCAAAUUCAAGAAGAAAGCCAAUAAAGAAGUGGAAGAGAAAAGCAGAAUGCUGCAAGAAGAUCCGGGAAGACAACAGGUACAUUCUAAUGAGAGUACUAUGGAAUCAAGAGGGAGGGAGAGAGGAAAACGAAGGGAGAGAGAGAAAGAAGGAGAUUCUGAUGGGAGAAGAGACAGAAAAUCUCCUUCACCAGGCAGGAGGAGUACAAAAAGAGCAACAGCUCAGAGCUCAUCUGCUCUGGGUGAGCCUCCAACAAAGAAGAAGAAAGACAACUUGGAGCCACUCCUCACUCAUGCAGGUGGUGCUUAUAUUCCUCCUGCGAAGCUCAGGCUGAUGCAAGAACAGAUUGCAGAUAAAAACAGCUUAGCUUACCAAAAGAUGAACUGGGAGGCCUUGAAGAAGUCAAUCAAUGGUCUUACCAAUAAAGUGAACAUUUCUAAUGUAGGGGUGAUCAUUUAUGAACUCCUUCAAGAAAACCUGGUUCGGGGCAGGGGAUUGCUGUCUCGAUCUGUUUUGCAAGCACAAAGCGCAUCUCCAAUCUUUACCCAUGUUUAUGCAGCCCUGGUGGCAAUUAUCAACUCCAAGUUCCCCAACAUUGGAGAACUCAUCCUAAAGAGGCUCAUUCUCAAUUUCAGAAAAGCCUAUCGAAGAAAUGAUAAGCAGCUUUGUCUAGCCGCUUCAAAAUUUGUUGCCCAUCUUUUUAACCAGAAUGUGGCACAUGAACUUUUAUGCCUGGAGAUGCUCACCUUACUUCUGGAAAGACCAACAGGUGAUGGUGUCGAAGUGGCGAUUGGAAUUCUGAAAGAGUGUGGCCUCAAAUUAACAGAGGUAUCACCCAGGGGGAUGAAUGCUAUCUUUGAACGCCUUCGAAACAUUCUCCACGAAUGUGAAAUGGACCGACGAAUUCAGUAUAUGAUUGAAGUGAUAUUUGCGGUCCGUAAGGAUGGAUUCAAGGAUCACCCUGUUAUUCUGGAAGGACUUGAUCUAGUAGAGGAAGAAGACCAGUUCACUCAUAUGCUUCCAUUGGAAGAGGACUAUAAUCCAGAGGAUGUACUUAAUGUCUUCAAGCUGGAUCCUAAUUUUAUGGACAGUGAAGAGAAAUACAAAACUCUUAAGAAUGAAAUUCUUGAUGAAAGGGACAGUGAUUCAAACACAGACCAAGAUGCUGGAAGUAGUGAAGAAGAGGAGGAGGAAGAAGAUGAAGGGGAGGACGAAGGACCCAAAGUGACUAUUCAUGACCAAACAGGAACCAAUCUGGUGUCCUUUCGUCGGACUGUUUAUCUUGCUAUCCAGUCGAGUUUAGAUUUUGAAGAAUGUGCUCACAAAUUGUUGAAAAUGGAGUUCCCCGGCAGCCAAACAAAAGAACUUUGCAACAUGAUACUUGACUGCUGUGCCCAACAGAGGACGUAUGGGAAAUUUUUUGGUUUGUUGGCAGGGCAUUUCUGCAUGCUGAAAAAGGAAUACAUGGAGGCCUUUGAGGGUAUUUUCAAGGAACAAUAUGAUACCAUACAUCGACUGGAAACAAACCAAUUGAGAAAUGUUGCCAAGAUGUUUGCUCAUCUCUUACAUACCGAUUCACUUCCAUGGAGUGUUCUUGAAUAUAUAACACUGAGUGAAGAAACUACUACCUCUUCCGGCAGGAUUUUUGUUAAAAUACUUUUUCAAGAACUUUGUGAAUACAUGGGACUUGCUAAACUUAAUUCACGACUGAAGGAUGCAACAUUGCAGCCAUUCCUUGAAGGAUUGCUGCCCAGAGAUAAUCCCAGAAACACUCGGUUUGCCAUCAACUUCUUUACGUGCAUAGGUCUUGGAGGCUGAACAGAUGAACUACGAGAACAUCUAAAAAAUGCAACCAAGAUCGUCAGGGCAAAGAAACAGGAUAUUGAGGAUAUUGAGUUCUCAGAUUCCUCCUCUUCCUCUUCAGAGUCUGACUGA